AAUUUCCUAAGAAUUUCCAGAUGAAGUCGCAUCUUUGCUGCUUCAUUCAAACACCGACGUUUAACAUACCUCGUAAUCUGCCAACGAGCUAAAGUGGCUUCAAUAUCCAGUCAAGAUGUCGGACGAGAUUAUUUGGCAAGUUAUCGACAAACAAUUCUGCAGUUUUAAACUAAAAACUACGAAAGAAAAGACAUUCUGUCGAAAUGAGUACAAUGUGACAGGUCUCUGCAAUAGACAGUCAUGUCCUCUCGCCAAUUCUCGUUAUGCUACUGUCCGAGCGCAUCCCACGAAGGGCACUUUAUACCUCUACAUGAAGACAAUUGAGCGAGCACAUAUGCCGUCGAAAUUAUGGCAGAGGAUCAAGCUGUCGCAGAAUUAUGCCACCGCCCUGAAGCAGAUCGAUGAUCAACUCAUCUACUGGCCCAAAUUCCUGAUCCACAAGGCGAAACAACGAGUUACCAGACUUACGCAAGUGGCGAUAAGGAUGAGAAGGCUCGCCAAGGAAGACGAACGCUUAGGCGAGAAGCUCGUGCCUAAAAUGGCGCCCAAGAUCAGACGGCGAGAAGAGACCAGGGAACGCAAGGCUGAAGCCGCUGCCAAGCUGGAACGCACGAUCGAGCGAGAGCUGAUGCAGAGACUGCGUGAGGGUGCAUACGGUGAUCAACCUCUCAACGUUAGCGAAACUAUCUGGAAGAAGGUGCUCAACGCCAUGGAGCGUGAGGGUGAAGGAACAAGAGACAAGGAUCUCGACAAAGGCAUCGAAGAUGAGGACGAGGAUGAGGAUGAAGAGGAGGUCGGGUAUGAGCAAGAAGAAGAGGACGACAUCCCUGAUGGAGCUAUCGAAUACGUCAGUGACUUUGACGAGAGUGAAGACGACCUCGAGGAUAUCGAAGACUGGCUAGGAAGCGACGAGUCCGAUAAGGAAGAAGAUUCCGAGGACGAAGAGAGCGAGGAAGAAUCGACGAAGAAGGCAGUCGGCGAGAAGAGAAAGAGAGCACGUGUCAUCCGCGCGAAGCCGAAGAAGACAGCUCGACGCGGAAAGGAGAUUGAACAUGAGCACGAGUUUGAGCGGCAUAGGGAUGAGCUCGCCUUCUAAAGGAUAAUCUGCUGGUAAUUACUGGUAUGAACUCAGGCUCCCAGCAUCUUCGUUGCAUUCAAAACUCUUGAUACCCUUUUUGAUACUUGGUUCAAUGUU